AUCUGAAGAUUAUACAUAUUAGAAGACUACCAAUAUUCUUUCGUCUUUGCAUUUAUUGCCCACGAUUAAACAGUGUUUUGUUUUAGAAAUUAUUUACCAGAAAUUCAACUUUAUUUCUAUAAAGAUGGCUGAAAUUAACAACUCAGUCUACCUUGAGAGCCUCGACUUUUCACACGAACAGAUCACAUGUUUCAAGCUUUUUCUGGGAUUAUUUGCCUUCUUCAUUUUCCUUUUUCUUCUGUUCUGUGUCGCCCUCAAAGAAAAGCUGAAGCCUCUUCUAGAAUUUGACAUUGACAGUUUACGAGCUACACCAGAAAACAACAUCCAUGUCAUAACUAGAACUGUUGAACAAAAUGAAUAUAUUUAUGGUCGAAAGGAAGUGGGGACACCUGCAUGCCAGUCAAUAGGGAAAUGUAUUGUGAAAUGUGCUGUGGUAAUCGCAACGACAAUUUUGAUGAUGAUCUAUAUGUUUGAUUUCUUCCAGGACACAUAUGUGAUUUACUAUUUAGUCAAGCAAAAGAAAAGAAUAAUUGCAUUCAUUUAUCUGGCCUUAACCAUGAUUCCAACAUUUUUGUCAUAUUUCUUAAUGCUUUAUCCUCUUCGGUUCCACGUGGACCCAUCAAAUAAGCGACGUCGAUUAGCUCUCGUGUUGUUUGCUUGUUCUCCAUUUUUGAAAAGCUGCAUUUUAUGUUGGACAAUACUAAUGGGUUGGAAACGUUGGAAAGUGAGGUGGUAUUUACAAGCUUUGACGUUUCUUUGGUUGACCGAAGCUGCUAUAGAGGGAAUUCCUCAGACCAUUCUACUGUGGUAUCUCAAGUAUGGAAAUGAAGAUUUAAACAUAGAUCUUCACAACACAAAGGAUAUUUCUUUAGUCCUUAACUUCGUCUCCUCCUUUCUAAGUGUAUUUUUUGCCACAAAGUACCUCAAUAAAGAUGAAGACCAAAGGCUUGAGCAUUCAAAAAGAACUGUUGGAAAAUCGUACAGAAAUAAAUUUGUAUCUUUUUUGCGUGAAAUUGCUUAUUUACUCGCGUUAUUUUCUGAAAAAGGUAUCGAAAUUUUUAUUCGAAUUGUUAUGUUUGGAACAUUUGCAUCAGUUGUUGGAUGGGAGCCUGCUUUUUAUGUAUUUUUAGGCCAUUUUGGCAUUUUUCUUUUCUUUACUUGGUUUUGCUUUCGACAACUUAAACAGAAGCAUAUUUACUAUGAAAACUGCGCAAAGAACACUAGUUUGAUGUCUAGUCUUUUAGUUGGUAUUUUUGCAAACAUAUUUUUCUGUCAUUCCUGGGCAUUUUGCCACAUUAUGUCCAGAAAAGUUGUAUAUAUACUUUACUUUCUUUUGUUUUACGCCACUUGCAUUUCUCUCUCAGUAUCAUCUAAUGCAAUUUCUGGUGUUGUGGAUGAUUUUUCAAUAAUUUUAUACUCAGUCUUUAUUUUUCAAAUCAUGUUUCUUGCGUUUUGUUUUGCUUUUAGAGAAUGUAGAAGGAAAAGAUUGUUACAAAGAUAGAUAGCUCUGACUUCUUGAUCCUUUUCU